AUGCUGCUGCUUCUUCGUGUGCUGAUGCUGUUGCUUCUCUCCGGUGGUUCGGCCAAAGUUGUGCAGAAUUUUGAGAUUGAAUGUGGUUCAUUUUUUGCAAAUAGAAAAUCGCCAAAGGGAUUUAAUGAUUCACAAUACAGGCAGAUCUGCCAAUCUCAAAAUAAUGUUUUUUAUUAUGCCACAUUCUAUGACACUAACAAGAAGAUUCCCAUGUACUCAGCCUACAAGUUUGAAGGACUAAAGAACUGCACAAGACUAAACGCGUGGUACAUUGAACCUCAACUUGACGACAAUAAUGCACCCCCAAACAUGAAACUAGAGAAAGAUGUGAAAAUACAAGGACUUGGAGACUAUCAAGCUCUCAAUGGAAACUAUGAGAAGUCUGGCUAUGACAGAGGUCAUCUGGCACCAGUCUUCCAGGCACAGUCACAGAGCUGUGCGGAUACCACCUUCACUCUCACCAAUGCUGCUCCACAAAACCCCUAUUUUAAUCGAGGUCAGUGGAGGGUACUAGAAAGAAACAUUGCAAAAAAUCUGUCUGAUCAAUGUCUACCAAAUAAGUAUUCUGUUUACAUUGUGACAGGGGUGGUACCUGGUACUAAAAACAUAAGCAAUAAAGUGAACGUGAAAGUGCCUAGUCAUUUCUGGACUGCAUACUGCUGCUUAGACAACAAUAACAAAUGUCAGAUCUCAGGAGGGUUUAUUGGAGUGAAUGAGAACAUUACUCCCAAAGACAAAUCUGUGAAGGAUUUAGAGACAGAGUGA